AAGUAUGCUUACGUCACAAUUCACAACAUUAAAUUAAUUGUAUUUAAGUUUUUAAAUUAAGGAAAUUUCUUGAACGAUUCUUUCCCCCAAAAAAAUCUCUUGUUUUACGAACUCUGCAGUUAUAACUCAUACGAACAAAUGGAAAAUAUACCGUGAUUACUAGUAAAUGACCUCGUCUCUGUAUUGUGAAGUACUGUUGGUGUAUUUUGUUUAGGUAUGUCGGUUUGGUCAGCCAGUACUGUCGGCAAUAAUCAUCACUGCUUCCAACCAUCCAGUCGCUACUCUAAUAAUUGGUGUCCAAAUCCAAACAAGUGGAAUUGUUGACAUCUUUUUGAAGCCAUUUAUUUUGGUUUAUCUGGCAAAGAGUUGGACGUGUUCAACAAUAUUUUUUUUUAUUAAAACAUAAGUGCGUUAUGUCUUCCGAGACUCCACUGCAGGCUGGUGAUGCACUGCACACACCAGCAUACCUGUCAUGGCGUAAAUUGCAGCUAAGUCGUGCUAAAUUGAAGGCAUCAAGCAAAACCUCGGCUCUGCUCUCUGGAUUUGCAAUGGUAGCCAUGGUCGAAGUUCAACUAAAUCCUCCUAACCAGACGAAGGUGCCGCCCGGAAUGUUGGUAGCAUUUACAGUCUGUACAACAUUACUUGUGGCUGUUCACAUGUUAGCUCUUAUGAUAAGCACUUGCAUCCUCCCAAAUAUAGAAGCUGUUGGCAAUCUCCACAGCAUCUCGCUAGUCCACGAAUCUCCCCACGAAAGACUCCAUUGGUAUAUAGAAAUCGCGUGGGCAUUUUCUACACUGCUCGGUCUUAUAUUGUUCCUCGUUGAAAUAGCUAUACUAUGCUGGGUGAAAUUCUACGAUCUGAGCGAAACGGCCGCCUGGUCCGCCUGCGUGGUGCUUAUUCCGGUUAUGAUAGUGUUUUUAGCGUUCGCAAUACAUUUCUACAUGUCCCUAGCUACGCAUAAAUACGAAGUGACCGUGACGGGAAUAAAGGAAUUAGAAUUUCUCAAGGAACAAAUCGAACUUGGUGACCAAGACUCCAGGAUGAAUAAUCUCACGCAUUUAGAACAGAACAGGAUUGUAUGAUAGUUGCGUAAUACACAAGUAGAGGAAUACUCCUUGAAAAAAAUCAAUUACACAAUAUUUUGUGAUAUUUUAAUGUUUUGAGCAUUUUCCACGUUUGUAAUUUGGGUAAGGUAUAACAAAUGCCGGUAAAUGCGGUCUCCAAAGAGGCCUUACUUAACCUAGCUAGUGUUUAAAAACUAUCCAAACUAGAUUUAUUUUAGAACCAACAAAUUUUGACACUUUUUAUUGCGUAUUUUCUUUUAGAGUUAGGUAGUCAUGUUACUAACAAAUUCUAUCUAGGGCAUACUUUUCCAUAUAGGUAUAAAAACAUUAUAUUUUUGUCUUGCAUGGUGACAUCUCUGAAUGUACUGGUUUUGAGAAUUGAACCGUUUUUUUUUGGGACGAGUUGAGCGGUUUUAUUAUCAUCCGCAAUGCAAAUAUAUGAGCUUCGUAAUUGAAAAACGUUAAGAAUGAUACUUAAAUAGUCUGAUAAAACUGGUAGGUCCCUACUGAUGUACUGUAGUGAAUUUUUUCCGUACAAGGAACUUAUUUGGCUAUAUAUUUUUACAACGUAAGAAGUUAAUUGUGGUGGUCACUAUAAUUCUACUAUAGCCCUCCCAUAUCCUGUGUUUGCACCCAAGGCCGAUAUGUUUAUAUAGAUAUGCACAACACUAUUUAAAAUAAUAAUUACAUUUUUGUACCUGCAAAUGUUAUUUUUCACAUUUUAAUAUAUAAAACUGGAAUCUCAGUUUAGUUAUAAUGGGUAGAUUUUCACGGUAUUUUUAAAUAUUGCUCAAAACUGUUUAUAUUCUUAGGACGUGUAAGUAGUAUUAAGGUUUGAUUCAGUGCCGUACGCUCUGAAUAUUCAUAACCCAAUAUUGAAUCCAUCGCCCAAUAGAUUGAUAUUUGACUAUCCAAUACUGUUGGUUAUCCGUCGUACCGCAUAAAUCGUUCUGCGGAUAUGGAAAAUAACAAAAAUGAUAUUGAAAAGUUUUACCUACUGCGUUUUUAUUUUAGUAUAGGUUUUUAAAGUAUGUACUUAUCGCAAAUAUCAGAACAAGGUUUUUUAAAGGGGAACCUGAAAAUUAAUAUAUGUACCUACUUCUUAAAAAAACAAUAAGUUAUUAAAUAAUUUAAUAAGGAUUUGACAAGACGAGUGUCUAUAAAAAGAUUUGUAAAGGCACGGUCGAAAGCUAUUAUCAACAAACUACCGAAAUGGAAUUUUCAGUCGGAAUCGUUUGAAAAUAGAACCUUCUGCUAGAAGACAAAUAUGGCGUCACAAAGCACCAGUCUGUCAUAAAUUCAUGCAUAAUAUCAAUAAACGUUAUAAUAAAUAUGGCUGA